AUGGCGCUGCCAUUACUGGAAAACAAGCGAGCGUUGAUAACUGGAGGUGGCUCUGGAUUGAGUCUUGCCCUGGCGAAAGUCCUCCGUGCUAGAAAUGUUUCGAUCUUGAUCUGCGACCUCUCCCUGCACAAGGAAGCAACAACCUGGUUGGAAGAAACUCAAAAUGACUCAGGUCCAUUGGUUAGCUUUCUACGAGUAGAUGUGACCGACUGGAAGCAGCUCGAGGCAGCAUUCCAAAAUUUCGAUGACCGAUUCGGUGGUGUUCCGGAGAUCGUCGUUGCUGGUGCUGGGGUUUAUGAAGCAUCAUGCCCGGGCUUCUGGGACAAUAAAGAUCAAGGAUCUCAUUACAAGUUGUUCGACAUCAACCUUGUCCACCCAAUCAAGCUCACUCGGAUUGCAAUCCGCCGCAUGCAGCGGGCCCAUUCGAGAGGUGUCAUCCUGCAUAUUUCAAGUAUCGUGGCACAGAAGCCCAACGUGGUUCUGCCACUCUACGCGGCCUCAAAAGCAGGGCUCAGUCAGUUCAUCCGCUGCAUGGCUCCAUUAGAAGACAUGUGCGCCAUCCGAGUUGUGGCGGUGGCUCCCGGCAUUGUCGACACGCCACUCUUUCGAGACCAUCCAGAGGCCAUGAAACAUAUAGAUAUGAAUAAAGACUUUGCGCUGCCGCCGUCAGAGGUAGUCAAAGCCAUGGUGGCCUUGCUCACGGAGGAAAAAUACGUGGGGGGGACCAUUCUCGAGAUCGGCGACAUUGGACAGUGGCGCCAAGUUCAAAUUCUAGGGGAUAUUGGGCCUCAGGGAAGGUCCACCUUACCAAGAUCGAAGGCCAAAUCGGCUGUUGACUUGGUCAAAAAAGCAUUGAAGGCAGAUGCAGGAGGUAGAGUCCCAACAAGUAGCUUGUGA